GUAAAAGUGAACUUUGGGUCCAUGAAGUCGGAUUUCUUUGAAAUCAUCUGAAGGUAAAAGUUGCCUCGUCGCGCAUCGAAAUUUUUGUUCUUGCCGGGCCCGCGAGAGUUGCUGUUGAGAAAUGGUUGAGCACACGUUCAUCUCUGAGACGAAUUCCACAAGAUCGAAGCAAUUUAAAGACCAAGACAGACACAAUUACAAGCGUCUCCAACAUAAAGCUCGCCUCGAUCUCGAUCAUGCUAAGCAAUGGGAAAGGAUCCGCUUGAUCAGAAUUUAGAUCCAGUUUGCGACGACAAAGAGCACGCCCUGAUGUAAGUAACAGUGAAAGAAGCAGAUCUAAAUCUCGUCACGAAAACGAUCAAGGUUCCGAUAAGUGACCGGAGAUCAAAGAAUACAGAAAAAUCUAGCGAUCCGUUCUGUUUCCGACUAAGAAGAACUUCCUUUCCUGUAAGGAGCCGCUGACUGCAAACAUGAAAAUUUCUCAUCCACAUCAACUCUUUUUCCAGGGAACCGUAAAGGGCUUAGUACGACUUAGGCACUUUUGGUUAGUCCAAACCAAAACGGCAAAAUGGGCUCCAUCAAGACCUUCAAGCUGAAGAUGCUUCUCGCGAAGAAGAUGAAGCAGAACCGCCCGCUUCCGCAGUGGUUCCGCCUGAAGCAGGACAAGAUCAAGUACUAUAACCUUUUGUUUUUUCCCAUCUUUUCCUUUUGCAUCACAAGUGACGUUUUUUAUGCGAAGUGUGACAACAGCAGUGUCUGGCAAUGAGGUGUGCUGAGUUUAUGCCGUAGACCGCCGAUGACAUCAAAUCCUAAAUUUCCAAACCUCUACCAGGUACAACGCCAAGCGCCGCCACUGGCGCCGCACCAAGCUGAAGCACUAAGUGCUUCGCCGGACUAAUGCCAGCUUUCGAAAUUGUUUGCUUGGAGGAGGAUCUUUUGCUGACUGCGGAGAUGAUUCAGCGGGGCAAUUUUUGGAGAUUUUAAAGCAGUGGAGUCAGCGGGAGCAGAUUUGUGCUUGAACUGAGAAUAUGCUGAUGUUUGGACACACCUGUGAGAAUCUGCGCCUGCUUUGAGAACUUCAGUGGAAACAACGCUGUGAAAAUUCGAGAGAUUGUCUUGCUGCUUUGUCAAAGCUGUAGUACUGCCGAAAAAGUUGUUGUAGCCCGGUUUAAAAAAGGAAGCAGGCUUCUGGCCGC